GUUCUAAUGUCGUGAAACAACGUCUCGCAGUCAAGAUGCCGCAGUCACUCGAAAUAGCCCUCAAGAACGUCUCCAGUUCGCAUCAUCUGUAUGCCUACGUAACUGGCAUAGCCAUCCAACACAAUAAUCAACGUUGUCUCCUCAAAGCAAAUGGCAAGGACCUGUAUUUCCCUCAAGAAGUCCCCCAGAUAGGCUCCCCCCUCGCAGAAAACUGCGCCAUCGCCCUCGGAGCGCCUGGGAAAACGGUCAAAAUCACCAUCCCUCAAAUCGCCGGAGGACGAAUAUGGAUCUCCGAAGGCGAACUGACUUUUCUGCUGAACCCUGGACCGGCGCUUGUUGAGCCGUCGGUGCUGAAUCCAAGCGAUCCAAAUGCGGGGGUGAACUUUGGGUUCGUCGAGUUUACGCUGAAUGAUGCGCAGCUCUAUGCGAAUAUCAGCUACGUGGAUUUCGUGCCUAGGAUGCCGAUCGCCAUCAAGCUCAGGCAGAGCUCGGGAGCGGUUCAGUUUGUGACGGGCAUGGCAUCUGACGGGUUAGAUAUGAUGGUGGACGGUCUGACUGCACAGGCGAAGAAGGAUGGUCGGCCAUGGGACAAGUUGGUCGUACAUCGCGAUGGUCGCAAUUUGAGAGUCCUGAAUGCGACGCAUGGAGACGCUGUGAAUGCAAGCUUCGAUGGCUAUUAUGAGCCGCUCGUCGAAGAAGUGUGGCAGCGCUAUGGGUCUGGGCAGAAGAUGAGCAUCAACACUCAAUCCGGUGCAGGAAUCCUCGAGGGCCUCGUGGGCAGCAACGGUACGCUGAAGAUCGGAGACGAGGAAUUCAACAAGCCAAACACUGCGGACAUAUUUGGCUGCAACAGCGGUCCCUUCACGACCGGACCGUCGCCCAUCAGGAACGCCAUCAUCCCUCGCCUCGCCGCGGCUUUCGUUCGGUCUACCUUGUACCAGUACGAUGUGCAGCCAAGCACCCCGGAUACAUUCUACCGGCAGGACCCAACGAACCACUAUGCCCGACUGGUGCAUGAAGUCAACAUCGACCAUAAAGGCUAUGCGUUUGCGUAUGACGAUGUGCAGCCGGAUGGGGGGGACGACCAGUCCGGCAAAGUCAAUGCAGGGGAUCCGCUGCUGUUCAAGGUUAUAGUAGGAGGACAAGGAGUUCAAGCGGGUGAAGAGUUGUGAUACUCGAUCUACAGGAUAUUCAGUGCUUAUAUAGGUAGGUAAGGUUAGUAUUUUCGCAAUGAAAGACAAUGUGUACGAGCUUAGAGCGACACCAGUGCAGGUCCAGAA